UAUCCUUGUUUCAUUUUCUCCUUUUGAAUGACGAAUACAUUCUAUUGAUAGCUGCUGAUAUAGACAGCUAAUUGUUCACACACAGAAUGCAUGUGCUAGUUUGCAGUUGGCUGUGGUCUGUAUAGUUUGUUCAAUCGCAGCUUUUUGGUCCAGAUGCUGCCGACGCAAGGAGACAACACCGUCGGCGUGUGGCCGCUAGUUGUUUGAAGUGUCCCGGCCUUAAAUGCUUUCAUGUUGCUUUUCAUAUCUUUUGCUUUGUGGCUUUAAACUGUGGUUAACUUGUAUUAAUCUUUUUUUGCUUUAGACCAGCUGGUGCUGAAAGAGGAGAAUCAAGAUCCGAAUGAAAUGGAACAGACAGAUCAGAAUGAGAAACACCAUGAUUUCAUAACUGGUGAAAAAGCCACGCAGUCUAAAACGACUUCUAUACGAAAAAGAGCUCAGAAAACCAAAUCUAACAGCCGUUUCACCUGCCAUCAGUGUGGAAAGAGCUUUGCUCAACAAAACUUCAAAAGGCACAUGAGAAUUCACACUGGAGAGAAGCCUUACACCUGCCAACAGUGUGGAACGAGUUUCACUCUAAAAGCAACCCUUCAAAUUCACAUGAGAACUCACUCGGGAGAGAAGCCAUUCACCUGCCAACAGUGUGGAAAGAGUUUCGCUCUAAAAGCAUCCCUUCAAAAUCACAUGAGAACUCACUCGGGAGAGAAACCUUACACCUGCCAACAGUGUGGAAAGAGCUUUGCUCAUCAAGUAACCUUUAAAAGGCACAUGAGAACUCACUCGGGAGAGAAGCCAUUCACCUGCCAACAGUGUGGAAAGAGUUUCACUCGAAAAGCAACCCUUCAAAUACACAUGCUAACUCACUCGGGAGAGAAACCUUACACUUGCUGUCAGUGUGGAAAGAGUGCCACACAGAAAAGCAGCCUUCAAUCUCACAUGCACAUUCACACUGGAGAGAAGCCUUAUACAUGCAAACAGUGUGGAAAGAGUUUCCCUGCAAAACAAAACCUUAAAGUCCACAUGAGAGUUCACACUGGAGAGAAGCCAUAUACAUGCAAACAGUGUGGAAAGAGUUUCCCUGCAAAACAAAACCUUAAAGUCCACAUGAGAGUUCACACUGGAGAGAAGCCUUACUCUUGCAAGUAUUGUGGGAAGAGUUUCACAAACGCGUACUCCCGUAAUUACCACAUGAGAAUUCACACUGUUCAUUCAACAUUCAACAACCAGCUGGUGCUGAAAGAGGAGAAUCAAGAUCCAAAUGAAAUGGAACAGACAGAUCAGUAUGAGAAACACCAUGAUUUAAUAAUUGGUGAAAAAUCCACACAGACUAAAACGGCUUCUAUACGAAAAAGAGCUCAGAAAACCAAAUCUAACAGCUCUUUCACCUGCCAUCAGUGUGGAAAGAGCUUUGCUCAACAAGGAACCAUCAAAAGGCACAUGAGAACUCACUCGGGAGAGAA